UGGCUGCCCUCCUUCUUUGAUUUUUAGGACCCUGGGAAGGCUAAUGCAGAACUUCCCUGUGUCCUGAUCCACACAGGAGAGCUCUGAGUUGCUGAUUUCUCCCUGAGCAGGCUCCCAUCAUCCCGCCACCAUGUCCAGCAAAAAGACCAAGGCGAAGACUACCAAGAAGCGUCCCCAGAGGGCGACUUCCAAUGUAUUUGCUAUGUUUGAUCAGUCCCAAAUCCAAGAAUUCAAGGAAGCUUUUAAUAUGAUCGACCAGAAUCGGGAUGGUUUUAUUGACAAGGAGGAUCUUCAUGACAUGCUGGCCUCCAUGGGUAAAAACCCCUCUGAUGAAUAUUUGGAAGCGAUGAUGAGUGAAGCCCCAGGUCCUAUCAAUUUUACCAUGUUCCUGACCAUGUUUGGAGAAAAGCUUAAUGGUACUGACCCAGAAGAUGUCAUCAGGAAUGCAUUUGCCUGCUUUGAUGAAGAGGCCACAGGUUUCAUCCAUGAAGACCAUUUACGUGAGCUGCUUACCACGAUGGGUGAUCGCUUUACAGACGAGGAAGUAGAUGAGAUGUAUAGAGAAGCACCGAUUGACAAAAAAGGCAACUUUAACUAUGUGGAGUUCACCCGCAUUCUGAAACACGGAGCCAAAGACAAGGAUGACUAAGAAGACCAAAGAUUAUUGUGAAGAUGGAAGAGCCUAGGUUCUGCAGUCAGGGAAGUUUGUGUCCUGUUUACCUCAGCAGCACCCUUCCUUCCCUUUCUGCAGUCACCGGCAGCUUUCUGUGAGAGGCCCUGUAGAGAGAAGAUCCACAUUUGUGACCACAUUUAAUUCCACUCUAGAUGAGAUCAUUUGGGCAGUCUACAGGAAAAAACCGAGUGAUUA